CUCUCUCUCUCUCUCUCUCUCUCUCUCUCUCUCUCUCUCUCUCUCUCUAAUGGACAUGAUGAAGUUUGUUGGAGAAGGAGGGAGAAAAUUACCACCUGGAUUUCGAUUCCAGCCGACCGACGAAGAGAUCGUAUUCCAAUAUUUGGCACGUAAAACAUUUUCCCAUCCUUUGCCUGCACACAUACUUAUUCCAGAAAUCAACAUUUUCACCUUGAAUCCUUUUGAAUUUCCAGGUAAUUCGGAUGAGGAGAGGUAUUUCUUUAGCAACAAAGAAGGCAAUAAUCGAAAGGGUAAUACGGUCCAAUCUAGCAAAGCCACUUGUACUGGAUAUUGGAAAGCCACUGGAUCAGCCAAACGAAUAAAUUGUUCGAAAAAGGCGAUGCCGAUAAUCGGGAUCAGAAAAUCACUUGUUUUCUACAAGACGAAAAAGAAUAGUAAUCGCGCUUUUAGAACUAAUUGGACUAUGCACGAGUACUUCAUUGCCGUUUCAGAAAACUAUAGCAUCCAGCACAAAAAUAAUUCUCUUCAGGCCGGUACUCUAGCUCGAAUCGGGAAUUGGACGUUGUGCCGUAUAUUUUUAAAGAAAAGACGACGAAAUAGCGUAGCAGCAUCCGAAGAUUAUGACAGUGAUUACUAUAAGCAUAGAAAUAUUGAUUUAAAUAUGAGUGAUACAGAUUCUUCUUCUGCUUCAUCUUCUUCUUCUCCACAUUCUGAUGAUCACUAAUCUUAAUUCCUAAUGGUGAAAAAAAAUAUUUCAUAAAUGAUAUUCAUGCAAGUAAAUAUUUGAUUUGAGUUAUUUCAUCACUUUUAAUUUUCAAUUCAAUUUCCCCCAUUUCGGUCAAUUACGUCCACAUUCGACAAAUACCCAAUUAUUUGUAUUCAAUUUCCACCAUUAUCAUCACAUCAUAAAAUUUCCCCCU